AGAUCUUUUAUUGACAUAACAGAUCUAAGAUAUUUAUCAUAUAAACGUUGAAAAUGGAUUUAUCAAAAACUAUUUUAUAUUUUAUUAUAUUCAUGAUUAUUCCUGGAAUAGCUAUGAAUGAUACUAAUUCUUCAUGUACAGCAGUAAAAUCCAAAACUAAUGAACAUGUUGAUUUACAAAAACUUAAAAGAACAGAAAAAGAUGGAUACAAUUGGGAUGUAAGAGAUGACGACAAUAACAUAGAUUUUAGCAUUAAUAUUUGUGCACCUGUUAUAACAAAUAUUACAUCUAUUGAAGGGGUUGACCUUAAACGUGUUGGUGCAAUGUAUGCUGAUGGGAAUGAAACAUUUUCCAUUGGAGAAACAUCAUCAAAUAUAUAUUUUCAGGGAGAUAAACUAGUUCUUCAAUACAAGAAUGGAUCAUUAUGUCCAGGAAACACAACAUUUCGGAAAAGCACUACAAUUAGUUUUAUAUGUAAUCCUCGUAUACAUGAUAAGCCACUCAUUUUUUUUGUCGCAGAAGCAGAUAAAUGUGCAUAUUUUUUUGAAUGGCAUACUGCUUACGCAUGCACAAGAACAAAGGAACAUUUAUUUGGUCCUGGAACUAUUUUUGGUAUUAUAUUAUUAAUUACUUUUAUCGUAUAUUGUAUAGGCAGUUGUAUUUACAAAAAUACGGUUAUAUAUGCCACAGGUUGGAAACAAAUUCCACAUCAUGGAAUUCUUUUUACUAUAAAAGAUACUAUAUCUACUUUAUUUACAUCUUUAUGUUCAAAAUUCGGCAUCUUUGGGUUUCUUCAAUCAGAUUAUAGUUACAUAGGAGAUAUAGAUGAAGAAAACAGAUUGAUUGAUGAUGUUUUUCUGAAUAACUAA